CAAUAAGCAGGCCAAGGAUUUUAAAUUAAGAAUGCUAGUUGUAUACAAUUUUAGUAUAAAUACAAAAGAUUCAAAAACAAAAGUUGUCCAAGUUGUCCUAUCUGGCUUAUAUUUUUCUAAAAAAUACAGAACUGCCAUCGUGAACCAUGUGCAUCCUGACUGAUACGUGUCGCGACUACGCCAAGAGUGAUCCCAAGAAGUUCGUGCGAAUAGCCCAUCCGCUUUCGGUGAUUUUGGUGUUGGUGGGCACCGCCUUCUUCUUUUCCCUCCAAAUGUUUCACGUGGUGCCCAAUAUAUUUGGAGCGGAUACAUUUAUGCACAAACUUGGCUGGGUGGUGGGCACCUUUAUAACGUACAACAUCCUGGGCAACAUGCUAGCCUGCUAUAUCUCCAGCUCAUCGGUGGAGAGCUUGCCCAAGGACUGCCAAGUUCCGGUUCCAGAGGAGCAGCACCUGUGGCGUUACUGCGAAGCCUGUGAAAAGCUCAUGCCUCCAAGAUCCUGGCACUGUACACUGUGCAAGUGCUGCAUUUUGAAGAGGGAUCAUCACUGCAGCUUCACGGCCAAUUGCAUUGGACACAAUAACCAUCGAUAUUUCUUCUGGUUCACAUUCUACUUGACACUUGGCACCGGCUUGAGUCUGGCCACCUUAUUCAUUGAUGCGGUGAUGGAAUUCUGGCCUUUUAUGCCCUUAAAGUUUCUCUUAAUGGAGUACUUAUGGGAUUCUUCAGGAACAACAGUCCUAUGGUACAUUUACUGGCGCUACAUUAUCCUGCUUCUCAACGUUGUCGCCGGCCUGUUUCCCUUCCUCAUGCUGGUGCUUCAAAUAAGAAUUGUUAAAUCGAACACUACGUACUACAAGCUAUCCAGUCGGCUUUACAAUCUCGGUUUCCAGAAGAACUGCAAGAGUGUAAUGGGUCAGCGAGGCCUCUGGACUUUCUUGUCGCCCUGGUUGAAGAGUCCUUUGCCACACGAUGGAACCCAGUGGCCGAUUAGGCAAGCCGUCUGAUUUAAUAAAUAUUUCUGUAACUUUGUAUGCAAAAAUUACAAAUGUUUGUUUAAGGAUAAUUUGCUCUACUUGUCAUAGGUUUCAAAUAAAAUUUUAUUCUUUUCGCGCAACCUAAAA